ACACGCACACACACACAUAUAUAUAUAGAUACACAUUGCUUUCUCCUUCACCAUCCAUUAUUUAGUUACUCUUCACUUACCAGCAUUAUUAGAUAAUUAUUACUAACUUCAAUCUUUUGGUACGUUAAUUCGACCAAAAUCAAGAAAACAAAAGAGAUGAAAUUCGGGAAAGAAUUCACAUCGCAAAUGGUGCCCGAAUGGCAGCAGGCCUACAUGGACUACCGCCUCCUCAAAACCCUUCUCGAGGAGAUCCACCAGUCCAGAAAUCGGGCCCAGCCCGGCCCAAAGCGCAGCCUCACCCUCUACCGGGCCUUCAGCGGCCUCACCCAGCGGCCCAACAGCGGCCCACAAACACACGAUGUAGAAAACCAGGCGAUUGUGGUGAACACCGUGAACGAGAAGUCGGAGACCACGUUCCUGACGGCGGCGGACGAGCAGGAGGUCGCUUUCUUCAAGCAGCUGGACGCUGAGUUCAACAAGGUUGUGGGCUUCUACCGGGCUAAGGUGGAGGAGGUGGUAGAGGAGGCCCGUGGGCUCGACAAGCAGAUGGAGGCCCUGGUAGCCUUUCGGGUCAAGGUCGAGGGCCCAACCGGGUGGGCCCAUCAUGGGCUGGAGGAGGAGAGGAGGAAGCUGGAGUGCCACGUGGCGGAAUCAGGGGCUCCUCUGGCUUCCACUUCUCCACUGGCCGUGGUUAGGAGUAGCAGUAGAAUUCAAAUAGAUGUUAUAGAUGAAGAAAUUUCGACCAAUGAGGGGGGCCUAGAUGAUGAAGAUGGCCGGGAAAUGAAACCAAUAGAUCUGAAAAAUCAAGAAAAUGAGCAAAAUAAGAUUAUGAAGCCAGCACCUGUAGAUGUGCUUGAGCGUGUGAAGUUCAACUCCUCACAGGAAACACCUCGAUCGACGAUCAAAGGCAUUUUCUGUCUUCCCAACCAAACAGAACUUAAGUUUAGUGAGGAUGUUUUGAGAAAAUCAGAGGAACAACUUAAGAAGGCGUUUGUUGUAUUCUACCGCAAGCUGAGGCUUUUGAAGAAAUACAGUUUCCUCAAUAUUCUGGCACUCUCGAAAAUCUUGAAAAAAUACGAUAAGAUUGCUUCAAGAAGUGCAUCGAAACCUUAUAUGAAAAUGGUCGAUAAUUCCUACCUCAGCAGCUCGGACGAGGUCAGCAAGUUGAUGGAAAGGGUAGAAGCAACAUUUAUCAAGCACUUUUCCAACUCGAACCGUAGUAAAGGGAUGAAUAUCUUGAGGCCGAAGAAGAAGAAGGAAAAACAUAGAAUUACAUUCUUUAUGGAAGGAACUGAGCUUUGCUACCGAGAGAUUUUGCUUCUCACUUUCUGCUUAAGUGUGCUGGCUUUAGCCAGUGUACUUGCCAAUCUGGACAUGGAAAUGGAUCCCAUUACUCAGGACUAUAAAGGCUUAACUGAACUCCUUCCUCUUGGAUUAGUAGUGCUUGUGAUUCUGAUUAUGGUGUGCCCUCUAAACAUCAUAUACCGUUCGAGCCGCUACUUCUUGCUUGCCUGCUUGUUCCAUUGUGUCUUAGCUCCUCUUUAUAAGGUCUCAUUACCGGACUUCUUCUUAGCAGAUCAGCUUACAAGCCAGGUUCAAGCUCUGAGGAGUUUAGAGUUUUACAUUUGCUACUAUGGUUGGGGAGACUACAAACAGAGGGAAAACAGUUGUCAAGAACACGACGUUUUCAGGAUUUUCUCUUACAUUGUGGCUGCAAUACCCUACUGGUGGCGCCUCCUUCAGUGUCUGAGACGGCUGGUGGAAGAGAAAGAUCCUAUGCAUGGGUACAAUGGUUUGAAGUAUUUGUCGACAAUUAUUGCAGUUAGCACACGAACAGCAUACACUCUCAACGGAAGUCCUUACUGGAGGCUAACGGCCUGGAUAGCCUCGAUUAUUGCCACACUUGUUAGCACGUAUUGGGAUAUUGUUAUCGACUGGGGGCUUUUCCAAAGGCACUCUAAGAACAAGUGGUUGAGAGAUAAACUGGUUAUCCCACACAAAAUUGUUUACUUUGUGGCCAUGGUUUUGAAUGUGGUGUUGAGACUGGCAUGGAUGCAAACAGUGAUGAAUAUCACUGUUUUUUCUCUGCACCGGCAGACCAUGACUUCGCUUGUGGCUUCUCUUGAGAUUAUGCGUCGCGGUAUAUGGAAUUUCUUCAGACUGGAGAAUGAACACCUUAACAAUGUGGGUAAAUACCGAGCUUUCAAGUCAGUGCCAUUGCCUUUCAAUUAUGAUGAAGAUGAAGAUGAGGACAAGGAUGACUAGAGAUAUUGUCUGGCCUUUCCUAUAAUUUUUUGUAGAGUAGAGUAGAAGUAUAAAUCAGGACACGGUAAAAUCAAAUCAAUAGAGUAGAAGAAGGGAGGAGAAGGAGAAAUAAAAAAAAAAAAAAAUUAAAAAGGUUCAACUCCUGCCAGUCAUUUUCUUUGCAAAGUGAAUGUAAAUGCAGAUGUAAUGCCUUUUUUCGUGUAUAGAUUUAGAUGUAUCUAAAUUUUUGCCUCCUUCUCAUUGUUGCUGUUGAACAAACAUCCUGAAAUUCUUCUACAAGUCAGCAAGUUGAUCUUAAUUCAAGGAGACAGAGAGAUGUAUGUUUUUCAGAAGUCAGAGCAAAUAAAACUAUUUCAUCUAGAAUGAACUCGUCGACAA